AUGAGAAUACCAAGAUGGUUAAACUGUGAUCAAGAGAUUGAAAAUAUCUCAAUCUCACUUCAUUUCUUCAGUGCCGGGAGUAAACUUGCAUAUUCAGCUGUGGCCUUUGUUCGAGUACAAACAAGAGAUUCGGUUCAAGUUCAUUUGGUGCAAGCUAAAGCGAGAGUUGCACCCAGCAGAAGAAAAAAGACAACAAUAGCUCGAUUGGAACUUCUUGGAGCUACAAUAUGUCCACGUUUAGCAUCCAGGAUAAUACCUGAAUUUCAAGCUGAAGAUAUUUAUUUUUGGACAGAUUCUGCUAGUUUGGAUACAGAGGAAUGA